GCGUGCGCCGGCGGCGCGGUGUGUUGCAGUGGCGGUGGUGGUGGCGUUCUUCAUCUGCUGGGCGCCGCACCACGCGCAGCGCCUGCUGGCCGUGUUCGCCAACGCCAACCGGGACCAGCUCAGCCCCGUGGUGGAGCCGCUCUUCCAGGCGCUCACCUACAUCUCGGGCAUCCUCUACUACCUCUCCACCGCCAUCAACCCCGUGCUCUACCACAUCAUGUCGCACAAGUUCCGGGAAGCUUUCAAGUCGACGCUGGCGCAGCAGUGCGGUCUGUCGCGCAGUCGCUCGGCCAAGCGGCGCACGUACAGCGUGCUAGCGCGGCCGCUGCCCGGGGCGGGCGGGGGCGGCGGCGCGCGGCGGGG